AUGUACCAGUGUGAACGCCUCGACGGUUGCCAGACUAGUGAACAGCGUCACAGCCGACUGAUUUCGACGGAAAUAACCAACCUCAACGGCGCCUUUGGCACUCCUGACCAGAAGGAGGACACCCCACGCAAAACCUUCCUCAGUAACUACCGCGAGGUGCGCCACAUCAGCGAGUUCAAGGAGACCUUUGACGCCGGCAAGUUCAGGCUGCCCGUGAGCAUGCUGCACAACCACGCCCGCUAA